AUGCCAGGGGCGUUCCCUCCAUCACCGUCAAUAACACCUUCGGCGCAGGUGCCACAACCGCAACGGCCGAGUACUCCCUCCAACGAUGACAUUCCAACGGAACGGCUGGAACGGCUGGGAUUAGAAACCCCCAGAAACCUUCCAUUCCUUCACACGCCACUGGGAUCACAUCUACAUCCAGCGCGACCAAGCUUUACGCCAUCACCGAAACGUGUUGUACCGCCAACGUCUGCUCCCGCAAAAGCGAUUCCUAAACCAGCUCUCCAAGAUGACGUGGAUAUCGAUGACCCCUGGAUGCGGCGGUCGAUGGCAUAUGAAAGACUGCCAUUCGGCCGGCCAGUCUCGGCGGUUCAAUUAUUCACCCGGGAGAAGAAACCAAUACCACCAAAUCGUAUCGCGUCGAUCUACUCAUCGCAAUGGGAAGCGCACGAAAGGGAACGGAGAGCGUUGGAGCGAGAUCAACUCCGACCUCACCGAAUCAUACCGCAAGGACCAGCCGUGCGCCAACUUUCCUACGAGUGGUUAAAUCGGGUCUCCGAUGCCAUGAGAAGCUCAUCAGGCUGUGCAGUUGCAAGAACUCCAUCUGGAGACGACCUGUACCCCAGGGAUAUUGCAACCUGUCUCAAGACAUUAUCGUGGCUGAAUGACGAGAUCAUAAACUCUUACCUAACAGUUCUCGUUCAAUACCUCCGCCAAUCAACCGGCAACGCUGGAAAUGAACGACCUCGUUUCCACGCGUUCAACACAUUCUUCUAUACAACCCUACGAGAUAAAGGUUACCAAGGUGUACGGCGCUGGGCGAACCGCGCCAAAAUCGGCGGCGAGGGCCUCUUAGAUGUACAGACCGUGUUUAUCCCCGUCCACGAGUCCUCACAUUGGACUCUCCUAGUUGUGCGACCAGCAGACCGUGCGAUCGAGUACUUCGACUCCCUUGACCGGAUGGGUCGACAAGGCGCGCGACAGGUCAAAAACAUCAAGGAGUGGCUCCGAGGAGAACUCGGCGCCAAAUAUGACGACGACGAGUGGAACGUUCUUCCAUCCGUAUCUUCCCAACAAGAUAAUGGCAGUGACUGCGGUGUGUUCCUCCUCACAAACGCAAAGGCCAUUGCGCUUGAAAUCGAGCCAACUGCCUUUGGACCUAGCGACACCCAGAAUCUGCGGAAGAAGAUCGUCGCGGAACUUAUGAACGGUGGUCUUCAUGGUGACUUCUGUCCUGUUGAUAGGAUGGGGAACACUCUACUUUGA